AUGGAAUCCGUCGAUCAGAAAUCCCCCGGCAUGGCCACUGCGGAGAACCCCGUCACCGACCCCGUCGCCGAUGCGGGUGAGGUGCCGCGCCCGCGCGGUUGGAUGUACAAGUCCCUCAAGAUCGGUCCCUGGAAUACCGGCUGGUACGCCUCGCCGCGCAUCCAGCUGGGGAUGGUCGCCUUCGUCUGCUUCAUGUGUCCCGGCAUGUUCAACGCCCUGAGCGGCCUGGGCGGCGGAGGUAAAACGGACCCCACCUUGGCCGACAACAUGAACAUCGCCCUCAACAGCACUUUCGCCGUCGUGGGCUUCUUCGCCGGAACCUUCGUCAAUCGCAUGGGCAUCCGCGCCGCCCUCUCCUUCGGUGGCACCGGCUACUGCCUCUAUUCCAUCAGUCUGCUGGUCUCCGAGCAUAAGCACGUCCCCGGCUUCAACAUCUUCGCCGGCGCCUACCUCGGUGUCUGCGCCGGUCUGCUGUGGACUGCCCAGGGUACCAUCAUGAUGUCGUACCCCCUCGAGGAGAAAAAGGGCAGCUACUUCGCCUGGUUCUGGGCCAUCUUCAACAUCGGCGCCUGCAUUGGCAGUUUGAUCCCUCUCGGCGAAAACAUCCACGUCACUGCCAAUGUUACCGUUAGCGACGGCACCUACAUCGGUUUCAUCGUGCUCAUGUUCUUCGGUGCUGUGCUGGCGCUCUUCCUCUGCGACGCCGACAAAAUCGUGCGUCCCGACGGCUCGCGCGUCAUCCUGAAGCAAUCCCCCAGCUGGCGCACCGAGUUCGUCGGCCUGUGGACCACCGUGCGCGACAACCCCCACAUCGUCCUGCUCUUCCCCAUGUUCUGGUCGUCCAACUGGUUCUACACCUACCAGCAGAACGCCAUCAACGCCGCCCACUUCUCCACCCGCACCAAGGCCCUGAACGGCUUCCUCUACUGGUUCGCCCAAAUCGUCGCCGCCGUCAUCAUGGGCCCGCUGCUCGAUCUGGAGCGCUUCCGUCGCAGCGUGCGCGCCAAGGCUGCCCUCAUCAGCCUGUUCGUGCUGACCAUGGUCAUCUGGGGCGGUGGAUACGCCUGGCAGAAGACGUACACGCGCGAGACGGUCAGCGCCCCCGACUUCGUGCCCACCGACUGGACCUCCUCCGGCUUCGUCGGUCCCAUGUUCUUGUACUUCUUCUACGGCAUGUACGACGCCUUCUGGCAGGGCAUUGUCUACUGGUUCAUGGGUGCCUUGGGUAACUCCGGCCGUAAGCUGGCCAACCUGGCCGGUUUCUACAAGGGACUGCAGUCGGCCGGCGCCGCCGUCAUGUGGAGUCUGGAUCGGGACAAGCUGCCCUACAUGUCCGAGUUUGCCUCCAACUGGGGCUUGCUCUGCGGAGCAAUCAUCGUCGCGGCUCCCGUCGUCUUCUUCAAGAUCAAGGACCACGUCCCGGUGGAGGAGGACCUCAAGGAUACCGGCGAAACGGUGGAUGACGUGCUGCCGGCGGGCCACCCCGAGAAGCGCGAGGGCGCCCACGUUUAA